CGCCUCCCCCUCCCUUAUGUGAACUCGUUGCGCGGAAAUUCGGCCUCUUUCCGGCGGGGUAUCCGAGACAGACUGGUUGGCGGCCAUGAAGCUCAAUAUCUCUUUCCCAGCCACUGGCUGCCAGAAGCUCAUUGAAGUUGAUGAUGAGCGCAAGCUACGUACUUUCUAUGAAAAGCGUAUGGCCACGGAGGUUUCCGCUGAUCCUUUGGGUGAAGAAUGGAAGGGAUAUGUUGUACGUAUCAGCGGUGGUAACGAUAAGCAGGGCUUCCCAAUGAAACAGGGAGUGCUCACCCAUGGCCGUGUGCGUCUUCUUUUGAGCAAGGGACACUCCUGCUACCGCCCCAGGAGAACUGGAGAACGCAAGCGCAAGUCUGUGCGUGGCUGCAUUGUUGAUGCAAACUUGAGUGUGUUGAACUUGGUUAUUGUCAGAAAAGGUGAGAAAGACAUCCCUGGCCUUACAGACAAAACAGUUCCCCGUCGUCUAGGUCCCAAAAGGGCCAGCAGGAUCCGCAAGCUCUUCAAUCUCUCAAAAGAAGAUGAUGUUCGUCAGUAUGUGGUUAGAAAACCACUGAACAAGGAUGGGAAGAAGCCCAGGACCAAGGCCCCCAAGAUCCAGCGUCUUGUAACCCCUAGAGUGCUGCAGCACAAGCGCAGACGCAUUGCUCUGAAGAAGCAGCGUACACAGAAGAACAAGGAGGAAGCAUCUGACUAUGCCAAACUCUUGGCUAAAAGAACAAAGGAAGCUAAGGAGAAACGCCAGGAGCAGAUUGCCAAGAGACGUAGACUGUCUUCACUUAGAGCCUCCACAUCCAAAUCUGAAUCCAGCCAGAAGUAAAGCCACAUGGUGUAAAAAGAUAAAUAAAUCUUGUAAACUAUU